AUGUCGCCUUUUCUGAGCAGUGACAAACAGAGCGCUCUGCAGCAUGUGAAGGACUACAAACCUCACAUUGAAGGUCGGCAGCUCAGGAUUCUUCUUCAUGGACCAUCUGGAGCUGGAAAGUCCAGUUUCAUCAACUCUCUUCAAAGUGUCUUACAAGGCAGAAUGUCCACACUGGCCUUGGCGGCGAACAUCUCUCAUGACUCUUUCACCAAAGAGUACACAACCUACAAGAUUGAAAAGGAAAACCCAAACACCUUUUACCCUUUUGUCUUCAGUGACACCAUGGGCCUAUCUGAAUACAAAGGUGUCCUUGUGGACGACGUCAAACUGGCUUUGAAUGGACAUGUGAAGGACGAUUACAGGUUCAAUCCUGAACAUAAGUUGUCAGAAGGCGACCAAUACUACAACACAGAAGUAAAUCCCAACGAUAAAGUUCAUGUCCUGGUUUGUGUCAUUCCUGCCAACACAGCAGGUCAAAUAAAAGGUGAAGUUAUAAGGAGAGUUCUGGAAAUCAGGGACGUAGCCAGAGAACUAGGGAUUCCUCAAAUCGCUGUUAUCACCAAAAUUGAUCAGGCCUGUCCUGAGAUCAGAGAAGAUUUAAAGAACGUCUACAGAUCUGUCUACCUGAAGGAGAAGAUGGAGCAGUUUAGUGUUGAUGUGGGCAUCCCCAUGAACUGCAUCUUUCCUGUGAAAAACUACUCUGAAGAAAUCACCUUCAAUGAUGACAUUGACUCACUGAUCCUCAGCAUGCUGAGUCUUAUCAUUGACUUUGGAGAAGAAUACAUGAACCACAAAUUCAGUCAGCCAGAAGUGCCCGUUACAAAGGCAUUGACAGAUCUGGAGUUGGUCCCUGGGUGCUACACAGUGGCUGCCCACUGCUCCUAG